GAUGGUGGAAUGCAGUUUUGUGUUGACAAGAUGAUGUUAGAGCAUAACCAUGACAUUGAUCGAGAGUUUUUUAACAACCUCCCAAAAAGAAGAAAACUAACUGCAGAAGAAGAGCAAGAUGUUUCAAGAAUUUUAACUAUGCAUGGAAACAAGUGGCUAAUAAAAGAUCAAAUACUAAAAGAAACAGGUUUAAAAAAGCUAGUAAUUCUACAAAAAUAUUUUUAGAUUGUUUGUUCUAUAUUUGAUCAUGUAUACUCAAUGUAUAUUAUUAUAUUAUAUCUAUAAUUUCAGUUUAAUUCAUUUUUCUACAUUAGUGCAAGUAUACUGAUUAAAAAAGCUUUUUUAAGGAAAAAAAGUCACUUUGAGAGAUCUUCAUAAUUUAGCUGCUAAGCAAAAAAGUACUAAUGACAUGGAUUCUCUUUUAGCAGUUUUUAGUGAAUGUAAUGGAUCUUGAAAUUAAAGCAGAUGAAAGCGGAGUAUUAAAUGGCAUUUUUUAUCAAGAUGCUGAAAUGAAGAGGUUCUUUGAUCAAUAUCCUGAAUUAGUUUUAAUGGAUACAACUUACAAACUGACCAAUUUGAGAAUGCCACUCUAUAUAAUGCUUGUUGUUGGACCAUAUGGUGAGAGUGAGAUUGUAGCAAUAUUUCUAACAGCAACUGAAGACUCAGUAACACUUAGUGCUAUGCUAGAUAUUUUUAAAAAAAAAAAUCCAAACUGGAAUUUAAUUUCAACUGUUUUUACAGAUAAAGAUUUGACGGAAAGGGAGAAUAUUCGCCAAGCCUUUCCGCAAGUCGCUCUCUUGUUGUGCAUUUUUCAUGUACUCAGAUGUAUGAGUAGGGAAAUAACUACAAAAAAAAUGAAUAUUUCAGAAGAACAAAGAUUGAGUGCACUAAAAAUGAUUCAGAAAAUGACUUAUGCAUCAUCCGAGGAAAAAUAUGAAAGCAUUCGCAAUGAAUUUCACAAAGUUAUGCCGGGAACAGUUGUUAAAUAUUUUGAGGCUAAUUGGCAUGGUUGCAGAUAUGAAUGGGUGCAUUGUUGGCAACAACAAAAUGUAACAUAUGGAGAAAAGACUACUAAUCGUUUAGAGUCAAUCAAUCAUCGAAUCAAAGCUGUUGUUACCCUACUAAGUCCUUUGCCAGUCUUUUUCAAAGAUUUUCUUGCUGUUAUUACAUGCAUGCGUCACGAAAGAGAUCAACACUAUAUAAAUUCAACUGAGCGUGUUCCAGUUAGUAUAAGCCACCUUAAUGCAACUGAGCGUCUUUAUUAUGAGCUACUUACUCCAUUUGCAUUUUCUUAUGUCAAACAACAGCUAGAUGAUUCAAUCAGUUUAAAAGGGCAUUUGGAAAAUGGAAUUUUGCAAAUGGAUAUAUGUGGUAAUACAGAAACACUUCAUGAAGACAGUUGCAUUUGUUCUUUUUUUAAAUCUAUGGGUUUGCCAUGCAAACACAUGUUAGCUGCCAGAAGAAUUAAAGAAACAUCUGUUUUUUCUGAACUCGGUGUUGCUUCAAGAUGGUGUAAACAACAGUUGUAUCAAAAGCAUAGAAUUUUCCAAUCACCUGCUCUUCAAGAGAGUCAUGUGGCUGUGUCAUUGCUUAAGGACAGACCCUUAACGAAUGCAGAAAAGUUUUGUCGUGGUAAUCGUCUUCUUCAGCGUUUAGCAGAAUUAGUUGCUGAUGGGGGUAUGUCACAAUAUGGUAGCAGAAUGAAACUUCUUGAAGACUUAACCAACAUCUGGAGUGCCAAUCGUGAAGCCAGAGUUAUUGCAGUUGAUUUUAAUUAUGAUGAAAGGACUUCUUCUACAAAAGAAGUAGUUAACAUUCCUGCAGCUGAAAAACUACUUAAUGACAUUGAUUUCACAAAAGUAGAUACUUUAAUAUCCAAAGUAGAUAGCGUAGAUAGAUCAUCUUUAUUAAUAAAUCAAGUCAGGGAAGAAUUUAAUGAAAAUACUAAUCAAGUCAUGACUACUCAGUUGGAAAAAGAAUUUAAUGAAAAUACUCAAGUCAUGACUACUCAGUUGGAAAACGGAAACGAUCAUCCUAAAAACAAUACUUUAGAAGUUCCUUCAACUUCAAAUGAAGUAAAUAUUAAAAAACUAAAAUUUCCCUCAGCAGUUUUAUGUCGUGGAAGGCCAAAAUUAAAAGUAAAAAAAAAUGCGAUUGGCCUGCGCAUUCUGCAAAAAAAUCAUUGUGUACCAUUUCAAAUGAAGUCGAUUCCAGAAAAAGUGGAAAUAUUACUUGGACGCUUAUUAAAAGGAGGGAGGCCAAAAGAUAUCACGUCUACAACACCUGCAGAUGUGCAAGACCUUCAUAUUGAACCACAAGAACUCCCCUCGUCGGUCACAAACGAAAAAGUUGUUAUUGAAAUAUUAAAACCUUUUCUUACAUCUCAAGCUUGGCAAAAACUAAAAUCUUCUUUGAAAAAGCGUCAGAAAAUGGCUAUUUGGAAUUGCCCAACAUGCAGUUUAAAUGCAUCUGUAGAAAGUAUAGAGUGCGACAGUUGCUUGGAGUGGUAUCAUUUUAAAUGCGUCCAAGUUACUACCAAAAUGAAAAGAAAUUGGUUUUGUAACAAAUGUAAAUUGGGUAGUGUAUGUCAAAAAAGUUAAGAUCGAUUGAAAAAAGUGACUAAAAAAAACUUCGGUAU